AUGCCAGCAGCAUUAGUCUCCGACGCAGCAGCUCCAUCAGCAGCAAUGACGGGGUCAACGGCGGAUGCAGCAAGUGAGGUGCGCCGCGAAAGCAUCGCAAUCCGACUCGAGCGAUCGCCUUUCACGCAGGAUGAAUUCCUCUCUUCGUACGAUUAUCACGGCAAGGAAUCCACCAGGAUGGCGUACGCUUUACUGGCUGGUUUAGAGCCCGUCAACGGAUUAUACAUGGCAUUCUUCCCUGUUCUGAUUUACAUGAUUUUCAGCACGUCGAAACAUAAUUCAGUCGGAACGUUCGCAGUAGUGCUCCUAAUGACCGGGACUUUGGCAAUGGAGGUCACGGAGAAGUACAACAGAGCAUCUCCAGGGACCUUGUUCGAAGAUCAGCAGCAUAUGAGCAGAAAUUCGGGUUUCCCCUUAGGAACCUUGAGCAACGAAAGCAGCCCCAAGAGAGAACCCGUGGUUCGUUACGCUCAAGCUCAAACCGUUGCUCUUGUCGCCUUCUGCGUCGGCAUGUGGCAGCUGCUGAUGGGACUUAUGCGACUCGGUGCGUUGUCAGUGUUGCUGUCAGACGUGCUCAUCAGUGGAUUGACCACAGGUGCGAGCAUUCACAUUCUCACUUCACAAUUGAAAGGUAUAUUCGGAAUCCCUGUGCCAAGAAUCACGGCCUUCCCCAAACUGAUGCGGGUCCAUUUGCACAUCAUCAACCAUAUUUUCGAAUCAAACGUCGUUGCCCUGCUCGUCUCUGCUGUCACCAUGGGGGCAUUGGCAGUCAAUAAUGAUUUUAUAAAGCCAUGGCUUUCGAAGCGCUGUAGGUUCCCUGUGCCGAUAGAAUUGAUUGCUGUUGUCGGCGGAACCUUGUAUUCCUACUUCAUGAAACUUCACGAACGCUACGCAUUGCCGAUCCUUGGCAGCAUUCCGACGGGGAUUCCAGCCCCAGAAACACCUCCGUUUGAGAUCAUGAAUGACGUUCUCAUCGGAUCCUUGGUCAUUGCAAUUGUGGCUUUCACAACGUCGCAUUCCAUGGCCAUCAUAUUUUCGAAGCGGCUGAAUUACACUGUUGACGCUAACCAGGAACUUCUCGCUCACGGUCUUUCGAACAUACUCGGUUCGCUGUUCCAAUGCGCUCCGAGUGCUGCGUCACUUUCUAGAAGUUUGAUCCAGCAAGCAGUUGGCGGGGUGACGCAGCUUUCCAGCGGAAUUUCGGCAGCAUUGAUACUAGUGAUUCUUCUGUACCUCGGACCAUUCUUCGAAAAUCUACCAAAGUGCAUCCUAUCAUCAAUCAUUAUAGUUUCCCUCAAAGGACUCUUUGUGCAGUUCGCGGACCUGGCAAAAGCCUGGAGAAGCAGCAAGUUGGACGCAUUGAUCUGGUUCUCCACUUUCGUGUCGGUGGUAGGCAUCGACAUCGAUUACGGACUGGCCAUUGGUAUCGCAGUCUCACUCGUCACCUUAUUGUGGCGGAAUCAACACGCGUAUGCCUGCUUGCUUGGCGAAAUACCCAACACCGGGAUCUACGUGGACAAGGAACGAUUUUCUGCGGCGGAAGAAAUCCACAACGUGAAGAUUUUCCACUACGGCUCCGGAUUGCAUUUCGCCAACCGCGAUUACUUCCGCGAAAUCUUGCUGCAAUUGACGGAUCUGGACCCGGUCAAGUGGCACAAACAAGCCAUGAAGCGACUAAAGAGGCAGUCCAAGGAGUCCAACGAAGACCGCCGGAAUAGGCAGCAGCGGGACGAACCCGAAAGACGCAGGAAUAAAACCACCUACGUAACCCGGUGCCUCCGCGGACCCAGGAAUGACGCCAACAGCGACGACGAGGANCGCAAUUCAGUGCCACCUUUUGAUCACCUGGGCCAGUUCACCGUGUUUGUUCGGUACUUCGCUGAUUUCUCCGUCAGGUUCCUCAGGUUGCUUCUGGCGGCCUUAUCCGUCGUCGGGGACGAACCCGAAAGACGCAGGAAUAAAACCACCUACGUAACCCGGUGCCUCCGCGGACCCAGGAAUGACGCCAACAGCGACGACGAGGAGGAAAAGGGCACGGAAAGCCACGUCAUUUCCGAGAAGGACAUGCCUGCAUCUGCUGCUGCUGCUGCUGCUUCCAAAAAUAACUUCGCUUCCGGAUCCGUGAAGACGGGCAGUAGACUGACGGAGAUUAGAGAAAUCAAGAUCGACGUGAAAUCCCUUUCCGGAGGCGUGACGGUCGGAGAUAGUUUGGCAUUACCGGCGUCGACGGGACUGCGCUUGAGGCGGAGCAGCAUUCACAUUGACACGACCGGAAAUCCGCUUCCGUUCCGGUAUUUACUCAUCGACCUCAGCGGGAUCAGCUUCAUUGACAUGGCCGGCGUGAAGUUGCUCAAAUCGCUGGUUCUGGAUUACGACAUGAUCAACGUCAAGAUCCUUUUUGCCGGGACGAGAGAGCCGGUGUUACACAUGUUCAGAAAGAUGCACUUUAUGGACGACGUUCCGGCCCAGCGAUUCUUUCCGACAGUUAAUGACGCCGUUGUUUGCUCUAAAUGGAAACUCUGCGGCGCAUUUAAAAGAGACCGGCUGGAAUCAGUCCGUGAAGCCGACGAACAUUAAACUCAUUUACAUAGAAGCAAUACAUGAUGCAUCAAGGGAAAGUUAAAUUCUUUUUUAUUCGGCACGCUGUGUUUCAUGAGCUUAUGGAGUGACCACACCACAGAAGCCUGCUUAAUUGAUUUUCGUAUCCUGUAUUCGCCAUUUCCGCGAGACGAAAUUAAUUCUACAGACGAGUAAUAUAUACGGUAUGCUGUAUAUAUUAUAUACUGUAUAUACUCAGUACAGUAUACUGAGGUCAGUCUCUGACGGACGAAAAAUUUGACGCUUUCGGAAAUAUCCAAUAAAAUCCGAGAAGUUGAUUAA